UCUUCGCGUCUGCACAGGUCAAACAAUUGGCUGUCUUGAUAUAGAAGGGAAUGGUAUUGCUAUCUUCAUCUCUACACUGAAAGUAAAUCAUGGAUUUUCUCUACCAGUUCUUAGCCAUAGUUGUUGGGCUAUUAGCUCUAUUCCUCUUCAACCAUCUAUGGAUCAUCAAGAACAAGGCAGUGGAGUCACCGGAGCCACCGGAGCCACCCAGAGCAUGGCCCUUAAUCGGCCACCUCCUUCAACUAGCAACUCCUCAGCCUCUCUUCCGAACACUUGCAGCCAUGGCUGAGAAGCAUGGACCUACCUUCAUCGUCCGAUUUGGUGUUCAUAGAACACUGAUCAUCAGUAGCUGUGAAUUGGCCAAGGAGUGUUUCACUACCAACGAUAAGGCCCUCGCAAGCCGUCCAAGAAGUGCUUCUGGUAAGUACUUGACCUAUGAUCACGCAAUGUUUGGGUUCGCACCCUACGGAACUUACUGGCGUGAGAUACGCAAGUUGGUGAUGCUACAGCUACUCUCCAACCACCGGCUUGAAUCACUAAAACACAUCAGAUAUGCAGAGAUUGGGAAUUUUAUGAAGGACUUACAUGGGCUUUGGGUGAAGAACAAUGGGAAUCAAAUUAAGGUUGAAUUGAAUCGAUUCUUUCGUGAUCUGACCAUGAAUGUGGUUCUCAAGAUGGUUGUUGGGAAACGUUAUUUUAGUGUGGUUGAAGUGGGAGAAGAGAAUACUGAAGAGGUGAAGAGGAUCCAGAAGACUAUAAUUGAGUUCUUUAAAUUCACUGUGGUCUCAGCUGCUUCAGAUGCUAUUCCUUUUCUUGGAUGGUUUGAUUUGAAAGGUGUGGAAAGGGACAUGAAGAGGACUGCCAAGGAGAUGGAUCUGAUUGCUGAGAGCUGGCUGAAAGAGCAUCAACAGAAGAGAGAAUGUGGAGAGGAGGGUGAUGGCGAUGAGCAAGACUUCAUGGAUGUAUUAUUGUCAAUCCUUGGAGAGGAUGCUCAAUUCUACGGUCACCACCGUGACACUGUUGUCAAGGCCACAUCUAUGGCAAUGAUUUUAGCUGCCACAGACACCACUGCAUUAACCUUGUCAUGGGCUAUUUCUUUGCUACUGAACAACCAACAAAUGCUAAAAAAGGCUCAAGAGGAAAUUGACAAGCAUAUCAGGAAGGAUAGGAUUGUGGAUGAGAAAGACAUUGGUAACAUUACAUAUAUCCACGCAAUCAUCAAGGAAACACUUCGCCUAUACCCUAUAGCUCCACUCUUGCUACCCCAUGAAGCCAUAGAAGAUUGUAAUGUUGGUGGGUUUAGGAUCUCAUCAGGGACACGAGUCAUUGUGAAUGCUUGGAAAAUACAUAGAGACCCUAACAUAUGGGAAAACCCUUUGGAAUUCCAUCCAGAAAGAUUUCUAACAAGCCAUGCAGAUGUGGAUGUCUGGGGCAAGAAUUUUGAACUGAUUCCCUUCGGGUCGGGUAGGAGAUCGUGCCCGGGAAUCUCGUUUGCCCUUCAGACCAUGCAUAUGAUGCUUGCUCGCUUGCUCCAUGAGUUUGAGUUGCAAACACCAUUUGGUGAACCUGUGGACAUGAGUGAAGGAACUGGUCUAACCAUCGCUAAGGAAAUGCCAUUGGAAGUCCUCCUUAGUCCUCGACUCUCCUCCCAUCUUUACAAGUAGAGUCUUAUUACAGAGUUUUUUUUUUCACUAUGAAUUAGCAAAUGAAAAUAUAUAUUAGAAUAAAGGGAUGUAGAGUUUUAUCACAGAGUGGUUAACAAUUGAUUCGUGAAUAAUUGGGGACCUAGAACCCUUUUCUUUAUUCUGCGUGUUGUAUGAGUUUUUCUUGUUAGUGAGCUCAACUCUAGUGAUUGUAUUUCCGUAGGUGGAGGUUACUCUCUAGGUUUAUUAUUAUUAUUAUAAUUAUUAUUAUCAUUAACACAUUUGGUCAUGAAUAAAGCGAAGACUCCCUAGCAUUGCUCCUUUUUUCUUUC